CCUGGGGCUCGGCAGCAGCAACCCCUUGCUUCAGGUUAAGGGAAGAGCAAGGUGACUAUUGCAGAUCUGAAGGGGACUUUGUUUGGGACGUCUGAGAAAGAGGAAGGGUCCAGGAUUUACUUUCGGGCUUGGAUUGCCGAAUCAAGAUAGCAGGCACAGCCUGCCAAGACGAUGACAGUCACUUAUUCCAGCAAAGUAGCAAAUGCCACUUUCUUUGGAUUUCACAGAUUACUCCUAAGGUGGAAAGGCAGCAUCUACAAAUUGCUGUACAGAGAAUUUAUUGUUUUUGCUACUCUUUACACAGCGAUAAGUGUAUUAUACAGAUUUUUUCUUACAGGUAGCCAAAAAAGGUUCUUUGAAAAAUUAUCAAUUUACUGUGACAAAUAUGCUGAACAAAUCCCAGUAACUUUUGUGCUUGGUUUCUACGUUACUUUGGUGGUGAAUCGCUGGUGGAACCAGUUUGUGAACUUGCCAUGGCCAGAUCGUCUGAUGUUCCUCAUCUCUAGCUGUGUCCAGGGCAGAGAUGAAUAUGGGCGCUUGUUAAGGAGGACUCUGAUGCGUUAUGUGAAUUUAACAUCUCUGCUGAUCUUUCGCUCUGUGAGCACAGCCGUGUACAAAAGGUUCCCCACCAUGGACCAUGUGGUAGGAGCAGGUUUUAUGACAAGAUAUGAAAGAAAACUUUUUGAUGAACUUAAGUCUCCCCACCUGAAAUACUGGGUACCAUUUGUGUGGUUUGGAAAUUUGGCAUCAAAGGCACGAAAAGAGGGAAGAAUUCGAGACAGUGUAGAUCUGCAGACACUGAUGAAUGAGAUGAAUAAAUACCGGUCUUGGUGUAGCCUUUUGUUUGGUUAUGACUGGGUUGGAAUUCCACUGGUCUAUACCCAGGUUGUUACUCUCGCAGUCUAUACGUUUUUCUUUGCCUGCCUGAUAGGGCGCCAAUUUUUGGAUACUGACCAAGGGUAUCAGGGCCAUGACUUAGAUAUUUACAUUCCAAUCUUCACACUGUUACAGUUCUUCUUCUACGCAGGAUGGCUCAAGGUUGCUGAACAGCUUAUUAAUCCAUUUGGAGAAGAUGAUGAUGAUUUUGAAACUAAUUGGUGCAUUGAUAGAAAUUUACAGGUCUCACUUCUGGCGGUGGAUGAGAUGCAUAUGAACUUGCCAAGGAUGGAGAAAGAUAUUUACUGGAAUGAUUCCUCUGCUCGGCCUCCCUACACAAAAGCAGCUGCUGAUUACUGUAUUCCUUCAUUUCUUGGAUCAACUAUUGAAAUGGGGCUGGCUGAUACCGAAUUCCUCUAUGGGGAAGAGUGGCCCUGGGAAGAGGAGAAACACCGAAGACAGUAUUCAGUGUUAAGAAGAGUCAAGAGAUUUCUCAGCGUCCAUGAGAAUCCUUCAUACCCCACUCACCGGUCCUACAGUCGGCAGACAAGUGAGAAUUCAGUGUUUUUCCCAGCAGAUGAAACGGGACACAUCAGACGGCUGCAGGAAAUGCACAAAAGAGGGAGGCACUCUGCCUCGAGCUUCAAGAAGAAACAUGAAGGAGUUGACAGAAGUAACAGACUUCAUAAUAGCCGAGACCUAGGACCCAUAACUGAAACCUCAAGGAAUGAGGCACAGUUUGGUGACAGCGACACCUCAUCUGAGACAAACAAGCCAGUUCCUGAGGUCAUCAUCUCUGAAGCCGAGGACAAUGCACUUGGCAUGCUGGACAAAACAGAUCUGCCAACAGAGCGCUCUGCAAGCGUGCCGGAAGAGAAACUCCAAAGGAUCCUAGCCAAGGCAAAUGUGACUCUUCUGAACCAACCUUUUUUCCCCCUGGAAAUGACUACAUACAUCCCAAGCUCGGAAGUGCAUCAGUCACUUCCUAGUGUGAUAGGAGAGCCCAAACAUGAGCCUCAUGGUAGUAACAUUGCUGGUCUUAUAACGGAUCAUGAGAGAAACCUUCAGCGAUGGAGUUUACCAAGCUUCCAUAGUCCUAGUACAGCACCUAGUACAGCUGACAGUGCACCACCUUUAGCAGAUUCCAGGACAACUUCACAACAGAAGACCUUCAGUGAUGGAAACAAUGUUACUUCUGCUGCUGCACCAGAGAUGUUUGAGAUGCAGCACUUAUGGGAAAACAUGGACAGUAAAGAAACAGCCAUAGUAGAAUUUUCUAAUGAGGAAAGUGAAAGAAAACUUUGACCAUGUUUCCUCUGGGUUUGACUGAACUUCUUGUCUUCUCUUGAACAUAGUUCUCAUACCGAUUUGCUGAAAGUGCAGAAGGGCAGACUUGAUGCUCAGACAAGUCCUGAGCAAGAUCCAACAGAGGAUUUGAGACCUAAAUAAGAGGCAUUGUGGUGACAUACUUUAAGCCACUUGGUCGUUAGCUUGAAACCCAUGACCUUGUGGGGAAAACAUUUACAAGGAGAACUGGGAGCCCCAGGGGUGGAUGCAAACCAUCAGUGCACAGGACAGCAAGCUGCGUAGGCUCAACUAGAGGAAACACUAAGGUUAUCAGAAGAGCGGAGAUGGUUCUGUCCACUUUGGAUCCACACUGAACACUGCUGCCUUUGUCCACUCCAUCAGGUUCAAGUCCAUGACAUCCUUGUAAGACCCAUGAAGACUUUUGUUUUCUAUUCGAGUGGCUCAAAGGCGAGGUGUGGGCUCAAUUCUCUCCUCAGCUUGGAGAGAUUCAGCCCACCGUCUCUUACUGCCUGGAGGAACACUUGAAAAAUCAAGCUCCUCAUUUGUGUAAGACAAUAGCCUGCCCCGCUCUUGCUGAAGCUAUGCCACUGGAAAAAUAAAAGGAUUAAAUGUUUAAGUUCAUUAAGAAAAAUGGAAGAGGCAAAACAGGGCAUGGGAAGUCUCAGUCUUAGUCUUUGCUCCCUGAAGCACGUAUGUGGCAUAUCCAGUGGCUGGUUUAUCGUAAAAUGAGGCUCCCAGGUGGCCUCUCUCAUGAUGACAGGGCUGUGGCACCCUCUCAAGAGGUGGUGGAGCUGCAGAGGCAACUGAGCUUAGAGCUCCAGUCUUGUGGAGAUCUUCAGCUGGAAGUGCACAGGCUACAAUCAUCCCAGGCAGACAAUAAAAUGGCCCAGGACCACUAGCAAAAUUGCUUUCCACUCCCUUCAUCUGCCCCCUUCCCAUGCUUACAGACACACCAUACACAUUCUCCAUUAAUCCAAAUCUGCGUCAGCAUUAGGUGGCUCCUGCUGCUCCAGGGGUGGCCA